UCAUUUCUGCAAGUGGUUCUAAUUUACUAUCGCUGUUCUCUAGCUGGUCUAAAACCGCUUUUUACCUAAAGGGACGCUUUUUGGACGCUAUGGACAUUUCUCAGUUUCCAGGCAGAAAGAACAGUAAAAAUGCAGGCAGGGCACAGGACAAAGCACUCGGGACAAAAUGUAUGUGAAAUGGCUUGAUACAUGAAUGUCACUUUAUUUUUCACAUUUUUAAAUUUCCCGCCGUUCCGUCCCCGUACGUCCCAGGGAACGGAACCCGGAAGACAGAUGUCGGCAUCGGCCGGAGGACAUUGCCGGGGACACUGCAGGAGGGACAUUGCUGGAGCGCAGGACAAGGUAAGUGCAGAAAAGAACCUGGAACAGCGCUACAGGGUAUUCCCAAGUGUAGCUCGGGGUUACCGCUUGUGGUGCUGAAACUUUACCCCGAGCUACACUCAGGAAUACCACCAGGGAGGUUAA